GGCGCCGCCACUUCCUGGAGUCGCGGCCGGGGCCGAUCGCUCUGCACUCCGCCGCCGAGCCGGGAGGGAGCGGAGCCCGCGGCCGCAGCCAUGUCCCACCAGACCGGGAUCCAAGCAAGUGAAGAUGUUAAAGAUGUCUUUGCCAAAGCAAGAAAUGGGAAAUACAGACUUCUGAAAAUAUCUAUUGAAAAUGAGAAACUUGUGAUUGGAUCAUGUAAUCAGGCUUCAGAUUCCUGGGAUAAAGAUUAUGACUCCUUUAUUUUACCCCUGUUGGAGGACAAACAACCUUGCUAUAUAUUAUUCAGGUUAGAUUCUCAGAAUGCCCAGGGAUAUGAAUGGAUAUUCAUUGCAUGGUCUCCGGAUUAUUCACCUGUUCGUCAAAAGAUGUUGUAUGCUGCAACAAGAGCAACUCUGAAAAAGGAAUUUGGAGGUGGCCACAUUAAAGAUGAAGUAUUUGGUACAGUAAAGGAAGAUGUUUCUUUACAUGGCUAUAAAAAAUAUUUGCUCUCACAAUCUUCCCCUGCCCCAUUAACUGCAGCUGAGGAAGAAUUACGGCAGAUUAAAAUUAAUGAGAACCCAGAGGAUCGAAUUGGGGUACAAACUGACGUGAGUGUGGACACUAAGCAUCAAACACUACAAGGUGUAGCAUUUCCUAUAUCUAGAGAAGCUUUACAGGCUUUGGAAAAAUUGAAUAACAGACAGCUCAACUAUGUUCAAUUGGAAAUAGAUAUAAAAAAUGAAACUAUUAUUUUGGCCAACACAAUAAAUACAGAAUUAAAAGAUUUGCCAAAGAGAAUUCCCAAGGAUUCAGCACGUUACCAUUUCUUUUUGUAUAAACAUUCCCAUGAAGGAGACUAUUUGGAAUCCAUAGUGUUUAUUUAUUCAAUGCCUGGAUACACAUGUAGUAUAAGAGAACGGAUGCUGUACUCUAGCUGCAAGAGCCCUCUGCUUGAAAUCGUAGAAAGACAACUACAAAUGGAUGUGAUUCGAAAGAUAGAAAUUGACAAUGGGGAUGAGUUGACUGCAGACUUCCUCUAUGAAGAAGUACAUCCCAAGCAGCAUGCGCAUAAGCAGAGUUUUGCAAAACCAAAAGGUCCUGCUGGAAAAAGAGGAAUCCGAAGACUAAUUAGGGGUCCAGCUGAAACCGAAGCCACUACUGAUUAAAAUCACUAUGUUGGGUAUUAUAAUACUAGUUUUUUAAAACGUUCAGCUUUUAGUACAGAAGACCCGAAAUCAUUCCAUGUUGAUAAAUAGUAGAAGGGGAUUGAACUUUUGAAAAAAUAGCACUUUUCACUUCUGUGUGUUUUUUAAAAUAAUGAAAUAGAAAACUCCUGAUUUCUAUUUUUGAGUUUAAACAAGGAUUCGACAUGACAUAGUAAUGUUUAAUUUUGUCGCACUGUUUUCAUAAAGUGGUGAUUUCAUGCUUUCACAUAAUUUUUAAAUUUUAUAGUUGGGCCAAUAUCAGUAAGUCUAACAUCUUUAUGUACACUUUACUAAUCUUUGGUGAAGACAGCGAAUUUUUUUCUUUUAAGGGAGAGAUGAUGACCUUAAAAUUAAAAUACUCAUACUACAUGAAUAAGUUAAGGUUUAUUUUGUAAACUGAAAAAACUGCCUGGAGAAUGGUGAGAAGUGGGUUUACUUUGUGGAGCAGUGCUAGUGAACUCUUGUAGCGUGUGAGGUUUUAUCUACAACUUUUAAGAAACAGUGCUUUAUUGCAGCGGUCUUUUCUCACGUUUGACUUUUUGGUUUUAUAAACAGCAUUAAAAUUCCUGAAGAUCAGCUCAUCCCUUAAGAAUAUCACAUAUUUUCUAUACUGUGUGGUUUCUGAUGAAAGACAUGUAAGCAGCUUUAGUAAAUUCAUUGUCGUACUUUUUUUUAAAAAAAAGCCAUUUCAAAUGUAAAACAUAUUAUAACUAGUGUGAGGUCAAAUAUGUUCAGAUUGAAUAUUAAAUUAGUAUUCAAAGAGAGACAAAACUGAAGUCACUGUUAAAGAGAUUUUAAAUAUCAAGGUACCUCCCAAACCACAUACUCAUAGACUAAUUGUUUUCAUUGUAACUUUGGAGUAAAUGUUCAGAUUUCUUAAUUGUUUAAAAAAAAAUCCUGAUACCACCCUAACAUAAAUAACAUAAAUCAGAAUCUUGUUUCAAUUUAUAUGUUUCAAACCACAUUUAACUAUUUUCUAAAGCUUUGCAUUUUCAUUAAAGCCCAGUGAGGCUUAAGUGAACUUAAACUGAGAUUUUUGAGCCUUAUUUUUUUUGAUACUUGAAGUAGAGGGAGCUAGAAUACUUCAUAUUUAAUUUGUUAAAUCUGCUGCAAGAGCCAUACCUGGGUUUUCUAAAUGACUGUGGGUUUCCAGGAUUUAGAAUUUGUUCUACACUAUGCUGCAUAAAACAAUUAUUAGAAAUGCACAUUUCAUAGCCUAAAAUAUGAAGCACUCAUUUUUAUACCUUAUUAUCUAAGGAAAUAUAUGCACCUUCAGAAUUCCAUAGUGUGUUCAAAUAAAGCAUAUUAGAAUAAUGGGUGGUUAGACUUAUUUUUAAUAGCAUUAAAAAUAUUUGUGUGGUUUUGUUCUGUUUACAGAUAAUCGGACUAUAAUAUUUAGACAUGCAAAUAGCUGACAGUAAUGUUAUAUUUGUUUACUAAAGGCAUUCUUUAAGUUGUCCCAUGGGUGCACACAAAAAUAUCCUUACACACAAAUUACUACAUUGAUAAUCCUGGAAUUGUGCUGCAGAUCAGGGCUGAAUACUGAUUUUUCAGUUAGGAUGAAUGUUAAUUUGUCAUGAAGAUAUAAAAUAAUAGUGAAUGUUUUUCUGUACCAUUCAUGUGCAAUUAUGCUCUAAAUUAAACUACACUACAUGACAGUAAAUGAACAUUCCAGAUAUAGAUGUGAUUUAUAGUUUUUAAUUAUAAUUAAACUAAUGAUUGUUGAAAAUCAGUGAUGCAUUUGUUAGAGUGUAACUCAUCGUUUACAGUAUGUUUUAGGUGGCAUCAUCAUAAUAAUAGGUAAAUAAAAUAUUACCAAUAAAUUUAUAUAGCAGCGAAGAA